CAACCUUAUGUCCUUCUUCUUAACCCUUUCGUUCAAGUUUCAUCUCUUUUCCUCAUUUCAUUCUUCUAACUUUCUCUCCGUUUACUUCACUUCAUGACGGAUUCUUCUCCUCUUAUCCCUCCCUCACCGGUCACAGUCACCGAGAUCGACCUCGAAGAGGGACCCUCCGAACAAAUUCAAUGCCGGAUUUGUCUUGAAACUGAUGGUAGAAAUUUCAUAGUUCCUUGUAAGUGCAAAGGUACGUCAAAGUACGUACAUAGAGAGUGUUUAGAUCAUUGGCGAGCCGUGAAGGAAGGGUUUGCAUUUGCCCAUUGCACUACUUGCAAGGCUCCAUACCAUUUGCGUGUUCAUGGUGCUUAUAGACAAUGGCGUACUUUCAAAUUUCGGUUUUUUGUAACCCGAGACAUUUUGCUUAUAUUUCUGGCUGUUCAGCUUGUCAUUGCUUCACUUGCUUAUUUGGUUUACCAAAUAGAUGGUUACGAGAAGUAUUGGCUUCGUCUUGUUUGGGGUUUUGGUAGUGAGCUGAGCUUUUACUAUAUAUGUGGAGCACUGGUGUUUUUUUUGUUGCUUGGCCUGUCUGGGUGCUUUAUUACUUGUUCUGAUCCAAGAAUUCGCAGUGAUUUGGGUCAGCCUUGUCGAGAAAUAUGUCUUUGUUGCUGUCAACCUGGAGUUUGUGCUGAUCGUCAUUUGCAUGGUACUCCUUAUAUGUACGGUACUCCUUAUAUGUCGACUGAUUGCAAUGCAUGCUGUGAGAAUUGUGGAACUGAAUGCUGUGGUUGCACUUGCAUGAGAGGUUCUGAGGACGAAGCAGGGCUACCAUUAUUAUUCAUAAUGGUUUUGUUUUUUCUGGUACUCUUUGCUGUACUUGGGAUAUUUUACAGUGUAUUAGUGGCUACAAUGAUAGGACAACGGAUAUGGCAGCGUCAUUAUCACAUACUUGCGAAAAGGAUGCUAACAAAGGAGUAUGUCGUUGAGAACAUUGAUGGAGAGAUAGCAGGGCCUAAUUGGACUCCUCCACCCCUCCCCCAGGAGCAUGUACGGCAGCUGAAAACAUUGGGCCUCCUAUGAGUUUGAAGGAGUCAUCUACCUGCUGAGGAGAAUGACAGUGGCGGUAAACUGACACCUUGCUUCGUAGUUUGGCCCUUGUCAGGGAGAUAUGCAGUUAACUGAUAAAAUUAUGAGUCACUUAAGUGACUCAGAUCACUUAGGUUUGACUUGGAUAAUUGUUCUAGAUUGUGGAAAUUUAUGAAUUUCUGUUUUGUCUGCAAAUGUAAAGAAAUGGAAGGGAAUUCUAAGAAUAUAUCUAAUUACAAAUGUACAGUUCAGGAUCUUGAUAUGUUUUAUAUUAGCAUUAAAUCAACCUUGCUAUGUACGGAUUUUCUCUCAAAA